UUUACGAGUUUUUCUCACAAUCAUUCUUGUGAGUAUAAGAACUUCUUUCUCAUACCCAAUCCUGAGGUAUUAAGCACAUGAAAAAUCAAAGCCAAAGCCUAGGAAGAGAUCCUUUGUCAGCAGGAGAACACAUCACUCACCACCUCCAAAUUCAAAAGCACCUCUGCCACAUCUUACCAUUUCAUUUCAUUCAGGAUCUGAAUAGGAACCAUCUGAAGAAGAGACAAUGGUUACAGGAAAAGGUGCCAAAGGCCUGCUUACUGGGAAAUCUUCUACCCCUGCUCCUGCUUCUGCUAAUAAUGGCAGCAAAUCUAUCAGUAAUGAAAAGGCUGAUAAGAAGAAGAAGCCCAUCUCUCGUUCAUCUCGGGCAGGCCUCCAGUUUCCAGUUGGGCGCAUCUACCGGAUGUUAAAAUCCAGAGUGUCAGCAAAUGGGAGGGUGGGGGCAACAGCAGCAGUUUAUUCAGCAGCCAUAAUGGAAUAUCUGACUGCAGAAGUUCUAGAAUUGGCAGGAAAUGCGAGUAAAGAUCUCAAGGUUAAACGUAUCACUCCAAGGCAUCUACAGCUUGCUAUCAGGGGAGAUGAAGAGCUUGACACUCUGAUCAAGGGUACCAUUGCUGGUGGAGGUGUUAUCCCUCAUAUUCACAAGUCCCUCAUUAACAAAUCAACAAAGAAAGAUUAGCUCUCUGUAUUUGGAACAGUCACAGACAUCUUAUCAUAGGAUGUAAACUGGAAUUGUUUUCCAAAUGUAAAUAACUGGAUAUGGUGGUCAAUUUGCUACAAUGGAAUUCAAGACUGUGGUUUAUUCCUCCCAUGUUUAGUGAUAUGCCUUAUUGUGACUGCACUUAUUGUCACUUUACCUGCAGAAUUUGGUCUGCUGUGGAAAUCUUCUUGAAAAUGUACAUUCUUUUAUGCUGUGAA